GGAUGACUUCUCUAAAAGUAAGCAAAAGUGUGGUGAUGUGAACGGAAAACAAAUGCUGACCUUCUACCAGCUGUUCAUCUCUGGAUCUGCCACUGCACUUCACUUCGUUUUUCAAGUCAUCCACCUUCUAAGACUGAGAAAAAUUACAUUUACAAGUGAUAUCAAUGACCAUCUGCCAUGACUCAAGAAACACACUUCUGCUUUAAACGACAAGAGUGGAGUGAGAUCCUUUCUGACACUUACCAGAAUAGACCAUUAAGCAUCGAUACACCAUAUGGCUACCAGCUCGACUUAGACUUUGUUAAAUACGUGAAUGAAAUUGAACGGAGCGACACCAUUCGCCGGCUGGAUUUUAGAAAGCGGCCCAGAGAGGCAAACCCAGCCUCUGAGCCGCAGAGCAAUAUAAACCCCUCACGCUGGACAUCCUCAGAGUCUCUGUCCUCUGUAAGCAGUGAUGAGGCCCAGAAAACCUCUCUCUCCACAUCCUCUUCUGCUUCAAUCAUCAGAAGAAGACCCCCACUCCCUCAUCACCAUUCCAAACCUAAAUCCUCAAAUCAAGGUCCUGAGGUCUCUCAAGGUCCAUCCGCCUCUCGGGUGGGUUCAGAUGGGACACCUCCCCCAGCCACGCAACAUCUUACCCAAACCACACCAAAUCCUGUAGUGGAAAAGACCUUGAUGGAAACAUGUAAGCGUUUGGAAAAUGAGAAAGGAUCAAGAGCGGAACCACACCCACGUCGUAGGCUUGCGAGUUUCAGUGGUCUUGGGUCUAGUGGUACCCAGUCCCCUUACACUAGCUUGGCUGGCCUAAAUCAGAUCCGUACUCAACGCAUUUAUAAAGAUGCUAAAAUGAUGCUCCUAGACCCUCCCAGCCAAGGACCUUUGUUAGUGGGGAGCUCCCAUAAGAUCAGCCCUUUAAACUCUGGUCGGGCAUCUCCAGUAAGUAGCAUCAGCCCGCUCCAGCUGCAUAUUGUCAGGGAUCAGAUGGCAACUGCAUUAGAGAGACUAAAAGAUCUAGAGGAGCAGGUAAAAGUCAUACCUGUCCUACAAGUAAAGAUCUCUGUGUUGCAGGAAGAAAAGAGACAACUGACCUCCUUGAUCAAGAACCAAGAUGAUCAACAAUCAGAUGGAGUGAAAGAAAGCAGUAAUGAAUCCUCAAAAGAUAUGGAUGGUUUGGAGCACAGCGACCUUUCUGUGUUGACGGAGUUCAAACAGCUCAGUGUUGAAAUGCAACUGCUUGAAAAGAAUAUCCAAGAUGCACGUCUUGAGACUCAACAAUCUUCAGGCCUCGGAAAGAAGGUUUUAAAGUCUGUUGCAGUGGGAAAUGACUUUUAUGAAGGUGAGACAAAAUCAGUAUCUAUCAGUAACACUAAAACAAUGCUCGGCAUGGCGUCCGACAAAGAAGUUGAAAGUGAGUUUCAGCAAAAAAACAUUGAACUUUUGACUGACCGGAUACAAAUGCUAGAGGCCCAGAUUAAGGAUGCAUUGCUCAAGGCAGAAAUGGGCAGGUUACGGAGUGAAUUACGAGAAGCGGAAGCGAGAAAUCGCUCUGACAAGAGUUCCACCACACAACCCCAGGUGAAAUCCAUCUCUAUCCAGACCGGGUCACAAACUCGCACUCUUGGAGUCGGAAACCACAAGCACCUUGUUAAGUCUUCAGUUGGGGAAGGGCCGGAACAAGUUUCCAUUGCUGUUGGAGUGUCCUGUACGCCUACGAUGACAUCCGUGUCUUCCGGCCCAGACACACCUAUAGAAGAGUGGGAAGUACACAGAAGAGUUGAGAGAAAAGAUCAAUGUGUUGGAAGCAUACCUGUGGCAACCUGUAAUCAAGGCAUGAUUACCUUGGAGAUGUUGGAGAAGAGGAACGUGUCUUGUCAAACGGUGCGCUCUGGUGACCGCAUGCUCAAUGUGAAUGUGGUCAAAUCGCUUGCUUCCCAAGGAACUGUUACUGACACAGUACGAAGGAGCGACUUUGCUGUGAUGGUGGUCCCACAGACCACCUCACAGCGUACCAGUACACCUGUCUGUAUGGUCUCCCGUAGCACCAGCACUUUGCAGGCCUGUGUCACCGAAGUCAGCACCAACACAAAGCACAUGCUGACCAGAGGGAGACAUACCAACACAGCCCAUGCAACCACCCGAUCUUUGGCGGUUGGGGACGGGAAAGUUUGCGACAGGGUGAGCGCCGUUCAAAUGCUCUCUGUUUCUGUGGGAACCCCUGCAUUUUUAGAAAGAAGUGCUACCCCUGGUCUGCUCAAGGUUAUGACACGUGACAUUGGUGUUGGAUUGACAAAUAUCAAUGAGAAUGUUCUUAUUGGGCUUCGCACACAGAACAUCGCGUGCGGUCCUUCCCGGUUGCCAGAUCCAGUGAAGACGCGUAGCAUCGGUGUAGAGGUGGGAGACGGGAGGAUACGUGAUGCAGAGGGACACAUGUAUCCUCAAUUAGAACCUGGACUUGAUCAUUACAUUGAUCGUAUGCAAAGAUUACUUAAAGAACAGCAGGACCUGCUGACCGACAGCCAGUCGGGGUCAAAAGAUGAGGUCACUCUCCAGUCUCAUGGUCAUGUAGAUACACAAGUUGUUGUCACUGGUCAAAGCCAGACACCAAAAGUGGAUGACAGUGCAAGGACUAAACAGAAGAAUACAACAGAGCAGCAGAUGUCCACUGCUCUUCACGACUCACCUAGUGAUGAUCGCUUUCUCAGGUCCAUCAUGAAAAGGAAAAACAUUAAUCAGAUAUCCACAGAUGGUGUGAAUAUCCCUAAGCCUGCGCCUCGUGGGGGCCCUCGAUAUGGAAGUAUUGAGGUUUCCUUGUCUGAGGGCGGUGAUUCUAAGGAAGAAGAGAAGAAAAGACAGAAGAGGCAAAAAGAAGAAAAUGCCAAAGCUGAAGUGACGUUUCCCAAGAGGAAAGAAAGGUACAAAUUUGGUGCGAAGAUGCUUUCUGCCUGCCAAACUCUGGAGGUUUAUCUCAGUGGCAGUAAGACCAUAUCCAACAGAGAACUGCGCUCCAGUCUUAACACAGUUCAGCAGGAGUGGUUCUGUGUGUCCAGUCAGAAGAGGGCUUGCCCACAGAACGUGGAGGACUUUCUGUCUGCCUGCCGCCUUGUCUCACCGGAUGUACUGUGCUAUGUGGCCAAUAUGGCUGAUCAGAAUGGAAACACAGCCCUUCACUACAGCGUGUCUCACUCUAAUUUCAGCAUUGUAAAGAUUCUACUAGCUGCAGGGGUUUGUAAUAUAGAUCAUCAAAACAGGGCUGGAUAUACUCCGAUAAUGCUUGCUUCUCUGGCUGCCGUGGAAACAAACGAAGACAUGAUGUUGGUGAAAGAACUCUUCAGCAGAGGAGAUGUUAAUGCUAAGGCCAGCCAGGCUGGCCAGACAGCUCUCAUGCUUGCAGUCAGUCAUGGGUGUAUAGAUAUGGUGAGGGCUCUGCUGGCUGCUGGAGCAGAGGCCAACAUCCAGGAUGAUGAGGGUUCCACCGCUCUCAUGUGUGCCGGUGAACAUGGCCAUUCAGACAUCGUCAAACUAUUACUGGCCCAGCCGGGAUGUGAUGCCACCCUGACAGACAAUGAUGAAAGCACUGCACUGUCCAUUGCUUUGGAGGCCAGACACAAAGACAUUGCUAUGCUUCUCUAUGCCCAUGUCAACUACUCAAAGAGUAGUUCAGCUACCAGGGGAUCUCCUCGAAGCAAGACUCCACUUGCACCAUCAUAAAUAAGCUCUUCUGAGUGAAAUGACAUUUUUCCAUGCUCUACAUUCAGACAUCCUCAGUAUUACCUGUUCAAUGAAAUGCUCAUACAGUCUUGAGUACCGAGAUGAGUAUUUACUGUUAUAUAUUUAAAUAUUUGUAAGAUUCAACAGCGCAUUCACUGUGCACUGCAGUAUAAGCCAAAUAAAAAGGCUUCUUCUUUACCGAAAUGUAUUAAAAUAUUUUCCAAUUUGACAUACAAUUAUGCAUUUUAUCAAUAAUCAAGACCUAUAGUUUAAUUGUGGCUGUUAAUGUUACAAUUUAUUAAGAAACUGUAACAGUUUCAAAUAUUCCUAUUAAGGUACAGGUAAUAAAUAAAUUAGAGACAUUUUACUAUACAGUAUAUUGUUGUUAAUAUUGUCAAUCUUGAUUUUAUUUACUUCUAUUACAUGUUGACUGUAUAAUUGACCAUGUAUUUCCAAAUCUAAAAAUUGGAAUUGU